AUGAUUGUGUGUUGGGCUUUAAUGGGCCUUGUAAAAUAUCAGCAGUUGGCACUUCCUUUGGCUUUUCCUUCAGAAAUCAGCGAAAAUAACCGAGGUAUCAAUUUACCACUAACAGUUGACGCUACGGUGCUUCCCCACAUGCCAUUAACUCUAAAUAAGGCUACCAUAAGGCAGCUUAAGAAAUUCUUCACUAGUCCAACACAUAACUAA